CACUUUACUAUCUUUUACUAUAGUUGAUUCAUCAAUGAUUAAUAAAUUUAGCUUUUGAUUUGGAGAAAGGUUGCAAGCUAUGAUACAAAGUGGCCGGGUUCGCGAUCCACUGAAGAAACUUCUGCAACUUCGGGAGACCCGAUUGCACUGAUAGACUUGUAGAUGCGGGAGUUUGUGGGUCGAUGUUGGUGGCAAAAGUCUCAGUCUCCGGAGGAUUUGAAACAGAACUCAGGAAAGGAUUUCACCAGCCUCAUGACUUGUUCAAUACUUUGCCAGCCGUGGCCACCUUUGACUCAUACGGUUACUGUACCUCAUCAUCCUAGCCUCCUCGGUGAUCCUCCUCCUCCUCCUCCUCAUCAUCAUCAUCAUCAUCAUCAUCCCAGUCUCGUGAUCAGGAGGCCGGAUGAGCACGAACCGCCAAGAAGUCAGCGGUGCAACUGUGCGAGCUGACAUGGGAGCUCAGUACGUGUCGGUGGAGGAGUCCGACUCCGCGACCAUGCAAGUGGCUGAGAGGUUGUUGUCCUCGGGUGUUUGCGCUGAGGUCUCCCCGGAACUCUUGACCGCCACCCCCGAGCGCCCGGUACGGGCGAAGCACCUGGCAGGCACGGCCGGUGGUGUCAAUGAUGCGCUGAAGACGCUCCUGGAGGAGGCGGAUGCCACGGUUCAUUACGAGAAGCGCGUGGCUUCGCUGGAUUUGCAGAGUGGAUCGUGGCGCGCUCGACCUUUCGAAGGAGCGCCAGGUAUGUUUGACGCAGUGCUCAUCGCAGUUCCUGGCUGCGGAGUAGGUGGCGACAAUCUCCUGAAAAUCCACGGGAGCUGGGAAGGGAUGCUGAAGCAAGAUCAGAACAAGCAACUGAUGGCGGCUCAGCAUGAUCAGCGCUGGUCCUUCGCCUUCUUUUUGCCCAGCGACUGCCAAGCGGUGUGCGAGCGCUAUUUUGGCCCCAAAGUGGUGGAGAAAUUGGUGGACGACGAAGUGGUUCAUUUGCUGUGCUAUCAAUCUCGAAAGACAGAGAUCGUCAGCUUAGAGAGUAGUGCGUCCAGCCCGGUCGUGGUGGCCCAUAGCACCACCGAGUGGGCCAAGCGCCAUGCGCAGCGCGGUGGGAAGGAUGAACGGCUUUUGAGGGAAAUGGCUGCCCAUGUGCAGAAGCUCAUUGGUUUGGAAGGUCCGCUUUCACAGCUGACAAGUACUUCCAAAGUGAUUACCUGGAAGCAAUGCCAAGUUCAAAGGCCUGUCACAUCGGAGGCGGUACCUUUCAUGGCUGUGACCAGCGCUCCACCACUGCUUCUUGCUGGUGACUACUUUACAAGCUCCAGCUUCAGUGGCUGCGUGAGGAGUGGCUUUGCAGCAGCAGAGGCGCUGAGUGCAUUGCUGAAGGACGUAACCCCAAAGGCCACUGAUGCCCCAGAGGUAUCUGAGGGGACUGGAAGGAAAGGCAAAGGUAAAGGCGGCAAAGGCAAACGCGACCAGGGGAAGGGCAAACACAAGCAUGACACUUGGGAGAACGAUGGUGGCUGGCAAGAUGGUGGCUGGCACCAUGGAGGUUGGAAAGGAAAAGGUGGCAAAGGUGGCAAAGGUGGCAAGGGAAAACGAGAAGGAUACCCAUACAGCUGAUCAUGGAUCUUUGGACGCGAGCACAAGCGCUGCUUCGCCCCGCGGAGUGUGCAUGGCGCAGCCGGCGCGGCGCGGGCGAAGACCUGCAGAUGUCAUGUGAGAUUGCAACUUCGACCACCUCCCCUUACACUCCGACUCAUGUUCACGGGUUUGGUGGUUGU